AUGAAGUUAGUUAUUCGCUCUCUCCGUGCGGCGAUAAGAAGUCCGUUCGUGAACUCGAGGAGGUCGCUCACGACAUCGACAUCUCACAUACAAACCAGCAAUGAUGCCAAUGAAGAUGAAAUAGUGAAAAUCUUUGAUUCUAGUGAUUACUGGAACAAAUUCAACCAACAGCAAUCCUCGGAUAAAACCGCUUCAAACCAAACAGCUUCGAUAUUUGACUCACUGAACUUUAAUUCUUCGAGACAAAAAUCAGUGGGGUUAUUCUGUAACCCUUACUUGACUAGCCCCAAGGGGCUAAAACGUUUUGCAGAAGAAUCCCUCGACCGUGCUAGAGCAUUGACGAACCACAUGAUUGAAGACCAAUCUGAAAAGAGUAUGAAAUCUUACAUAAAAGAGCUUGAUAGACUUUCCGAUAUGCUCUGUAGAGUUAUCGAUUUAUGUGAAUUUGUCCGUGCAGCACACCCAAACUCAUCGUUUGUUAAAGCUGCAGAACAAUGUCAUGCUCAACUAUUUGAACAUAUGAACGUGUUGAAUACAUCUAAGCCUUUGUUUGUCAAGCUUCAGAAAGUUUUGUAUGAUGGAAAGCUAGGCAUUAGGAAAACUUUAUCGCAAGAGGAAAUCUCAGUCGGAGAAUUGCUUUAUUCGGAUUUCAAAAAGUCUGGAAUUGAUAUGGACGACGCUACAGGAGAACAGUUUGUCCAACUAUCGUCGUAUAUUGCAACUGCUGGCCAAGAGUUUAACAACAAUAUCACCAUACCUCAAAGCAAUAGUAUAAAAAUUGAACCGUCGGAGUGGGAAGAGGGUGAUAUCAAUCCAGAAUGUUCCAAGUCUAUAUCUCAUGGGUUUGAUGGCAGCUUAACAAUUCCUAUCUAUGGCCACUUACCUUUUGAGUUGUUGAGAUCUUGUCCGAACAAGAUCAUCCGUCAGAAAAUUUGGGUCGCUUUGCACAGUGUUCCUGAGAAUCAAACUGCUUUACUGACAAGCUUGUUGAGCUGCCGUGCGAUCUUGGCAAAGUUGAUGGGCUGUAACAAUUACGCAGAGUAUGCUCUUCAAGAUAAAAUGGCCCGCAAUUCAAACAAUGUAGUUGGAUUUCUAAGAGGUCUAAUAAACGAUUUACAACCAGAAGUUUUGAAGGAAUUGAAGAUGCUUUACAAAUAUUUUCCGCCCGGUUCAGUUAAAGAAAAUCCAACUUCAGAAGAACUUGUGAAUUCAAUUAGACCAUGGGAUAGAGAGUAUUUGUUGACGAAACAUAUUCUUUCCCAAAAAUCUUCUCAGAACGAAGAUAUUACUCAGUAUUUUUCUCUCGGAACGGUUGUAUCCGGACUUUCUAAACUUUUCCACUCAAUCUAUGGCAUCAAAUUAAUACCCCAGAAGUUGAAACCCGGAGAGGUGUGGUCGUCUAGCGUCCGUCGUUUUGAUGCUGUGAGUGAUAAGGACGGAAAAGUUGGUAUCAUGUAUUUAGACUUACUGCAUAGAGUAGGAAAGACACCACAUCCUGCGCACUUCACGGUCUGUUGUUCCAGAAUGUUAGAUAAUGCUGAACUUGAUUCCAAAGACCCUUUCAACCUAUCAUUGCCUACUACGUCGACGGUUGAAACUGUUGUUCAGAAGGGAAAAACAUACCAACUACCUGUAAUUUCCCUCGUUUGCAACUACUACGGAAACAAGAACAACUCUGGCAUUAUCUGCUUGACACUAGAGCAAGUUGCAACCCUCUUCCAUGAAAUGGGUCAUGCAAUGCAUAGUAUGUUGGGUAGAACUGCAUUACAUAAUGUAUCAGGGACAAGAUGCCAAACCGAUUUCGUUGAAUUACCCUCGAUUCUACAUGAAACUUUUGCCCGUGAUGAGCGUGUUCUUGCAUCUUUUGGUAAACACUAUGAAACAGGAAAGCCUGUUCCGACUCAGUUGGUUAGAAAACACCUGGAGUCCGAUAGACUAUUGACUUAUUGUGAGACAUUUGGGCAGGUUAAGAUGGCUUUGUUAGAUCAGCUAUAUCACGGAGCUGGGAAUUGUGAUGUGACGGAUGAAGCCUUUGAUGCGCUUGGACUGUAUCAUCAACUCGAGUCAAAUCUUGCUAUUCUCGCGGAUACAAAGUCAAGCUGGCCAGGCAAGUUUGGACACUUGUACUCAUACGGUGCAUUGUAUUAUUCUUAUCUUUUGGAUAGGGCGAUCUCUGCAAAAGUUUGGUCCAAUCUUUUCCAAGAAGAUCCAUUCUCUAGAGAAGCCGGUGAAAAGUUCAAGAAUGAAAUUUUGCGUUGGGGUGGUUCUCGUGAUCCAUGGGUUUGUUUAUCUAAAUUGUUGAAUGCAAAAGAACUUGCCAAAGGUGAUGUCAAGGCAAUGGAAUUCAUCAGUAAAGAUAGUGGCCCACUAUAA